AUGGAGUCGCUGUUUGUGCGAUCGCUGGCGUUCAAAGUAGCAACAGACGACACGCAAAUACUAGCGAGUGCUUCUCGUACCACAGCUGAUGCUACUUUUGCCGUAGCUAGUACACAGGAAGGCGUUAUUCGCGUCUACGCAGCCUCAUGCGCUGCACUAUUGCAUGAAUUCGCGUCCAUUCACCGACGGGUGUACACUUUACAUUACACGAGCUUUUCCGAUAGUUUAGUGACACUAGAAAGUGAUGUACAGAGACAAGACAAUUACGAGGUUGACGCCGGUGAGACAUUUCUGUGUGUUUACCACGACUGGCGAGAGCGGAAAAUGGUUAGGGGUUAUACGCUACCCCUAGGGGUCCUUGACACGCCGUCGUCCACUUGUAUUGCCAAUUGUAUGGCUGUCUGUAGCUUUACAGGACGUGUCCUUGUGGCAAUGGGUACAAUACUUAAUAUCUGGCAAUGCAGUCGUGGGUUUUUUGAGCACGUGAUGGAGCUAAAAGUGGAUAUGUCUCAACGUCAUGCCUUUAUGGAGGUAGAAUAUGUAGCCAUUCAUGGUCUUUAUGUGGCUUAUGCUUCCCAGACUGAGGUUCGAGUGAUGGAAAUUCAAGUUCAAAGUGCUCGCGAUGUGAAUGAGAUCGGGGGGAAAGUAAAUGCAACCAUGGAAAAUACAAGUAAGAAGCAGGAAGAGGGAGAUGCAGUACCUCCAGACUCGCGACAAUGUGUGGAAAUCUCAAGUUUUGAUGAUUUGAACAAGUUUGUGGAAGUUCCAGUGUCGUGCUCGGCGUACAGUACGAUUGAAACGGAGACAAAACGGGAACAAGAGGAACAGCGGAUUUUUGACGAACAGGAGCAGAUUCCAAUGGUACUUGGACGAAAUGAGGCUCAACAGGAAGUCUGGAAUCUUGCAGGUCUAGUCAAGAGUCAAGAUAUUCGUACAAACCAAGCUAUGUCGUAUUUCAUUAGUGAAAACGACGUGAGGGUGCUAAUGCAGCGCUACAUGCCGCCUAAUUAUAGUGUACGGUCGCUGAAGUUUUUGCCUGAAACUAUUGACAAUCGUGUGUGCGUCGAGACUAGAAGUUACACGCGUUUGUUGGUGGCUACGGAGAAGAAUGCGUUCCUGUAUUACUUUUUGUCUGAAAAAGUCGACUUAACAAGGAAGAAAAUGUCAAAGAAAGUAUUGGGCAAGGAAGAACGAACAAAAUUGAGAGGCAUGCACGAACCAAUUCAAGUGGGGAAGGUCGUUGUGGGAAAGAGUCGAGAUUUCUUUGCUAGUGUGGAGGAGAAUGAGGACGAAGCAGGCGGCUCGACAGAGUCUGGGCGAGUGGUAAUGCAUUACAGCUUUACUUCGGCCGUUACCAGUAUCACAGCCAACAGCUCUUUCCUGUUUGUCGCAACACUGUCGGGACUACAAGUGUGGUCCAUUUGGAGCCCAUGUCACUAUGUAGCAGCCAGUCGUGCGUUAAGCAAGUCGCUCGUGCCUCAGCCAUCACAGCCGCAGCUCCUGUGCACGCAGCCUAUUCCGUAUCCGGUAUCACAGCUUGCUGCACUUGACUCGUACGUCGUCUUGCUCCCACAAAUGAAUUCGUUGGCGUACCAAACGUCAAAUAAUAUCGUGCACAUAGCUAGUCUUGCUGCAGCCGAGCGUCUUCCAGAGGCAGAGUUCGAGAUGCGUACACGUCUCGACUUUAAGGCAGACCCCUGUCAGCGCAGCAUCAUGAUUUUCCAGCAAAGUCCACCAUCGUUGAUAUAUGCCUAUGUGCGCCAAGGUGUGCUAUCCACGGACGGUGCCAUGAGGCCGUUCCAGAUCGACUUGCUGUUGAGCUUGUUUUCGCUGUAUCGUUAUCGUGCCGAUGUGGGUUUCGACUUGCUGCGUCUUGCAAUCAGCAACGACUCAAUUCGAAAAGAGGUUGCCGCUUUGACAUCGGACCGAAAAGAGAAGCUGGCUCUUGAACUUGAAACGAAGCUGUAUGACCGCCUUGCUAGGGAAUGUGCGUCUGAUCUUGCAGCAAUUUUCAUGUCGGAGCAUCAUCGCAACUUAGGACGGGCUGCUCUUCUGUUUGUAGCGUCUAAUGUUCCAUUUGUUGAGGUGAUGCACCGUUUUCAGGCUAUUGUCGGGACUGUGGAUCGAUCUGAGGUUAUUGGAGCUACAGGAAAAUACCUGGAAGCAUUUGUGUUCCCGCCUCCCAAAUCACUUGCCGACAUUUGUUCUUGUAAACUCGUGCAAGAUCUAAAUCCAGCGGAUGCCAAGUUUACGGGAAUCGUGUUGUUACAUUAUGGCAAAUACUUUCCGGAGCAACUUUCUCGAUUAAUUGUCGAUUCUUCAUUGAAGUGGACGCUGGAAGACAUCACAUUUGCACUAGAAAAGCUGGACGAGUCCUCUAGCCACAGCGUCCUCGUCAAAAUUGCACGACUUGUACUAGUUUUACGUGCUGCUACCUUCUCAACGGAAGAUUGGAAUGUAUUUGGGACUUCGGAGGGGUCUUUGAUGAUGGACUUUGCUGAGCAAUGCUCUUAUGCCUCCAUGCUUGCUUUGUUGGACGAUCUGUUACAGCGUCACGUAGGUGCCCUCGUACACUUAGCAGUGACGCAUCCAGAUCUGCUUGUUCAGGACAUUGCAAUCAUCUCUACGGGCGAAAACAGUGCGCUUGAAAGUAGUAGACGCCUCUCCAGCUCUAACCUAGCAAAGGCACUGAUGAAAGAUGCUCCAUUGAUAUACUUGGAUAUCUUGGAACGAGUGUUCAACAACGCAAUCGGUCGCCAAGAAACAAUCCAGUCCACACUACGUUUUUGCUUGAAUGCAAUCGGUGAAGCUGCAAUUGGGUCAGCAUCAAGAAUUGAGUUUGCUCUAAACACUACGUCGUGUUCAUCGUCAGCAGAUGAACAAUUGCCAACCACGCCUUUCGUUCCAGACCAAUCUCUUGUGCUUCGAUUCCUAGUGUUUGUGCUUCAGAUGUUCCCGACUCUUGAACAGUUGUCAGAGACGGAGAAAAUUCAAGAUGAUAAAGACGACUUGCAGAGUGUCAAGGCAUCGGUGGCAGCAGAAUUAACACGUCUGUGUGUCAAGUUGAGCUCGUGCUUUCACGGCUCAGUAAGUUACGAUUUGGGUGAACGUGUGGAGUCGAUCGUGUGCGACUUGUUUGAACCAAUGAUUUCGGAACCAGAUACCCACGGCCAGCUUCCCGGUUGGGUACAAGAAUACUUGAAAACACACUGUCUGCCGGAGACACCUCGACUGCGCAGAAUUCUCGAGUUUCUUUUCAACCAGGUGCUCGGAUUACUGCACGAGAACGAUAUAAUUCGUCCCGAAGAUGUGUUGUCAGCGUACGAGGUACUCGACGUAAACAUCUCGGAACCGAUGCCUUGGAAUCUCGAAAACAAUUUGGCUGCACUUGUUGUCCUCCUAACUUUGCCUCGUGUUACCAGAACUGUGGACGGACUAAAACUCAUCGCCCAACGCGCUGACUUUGUUAAUUUAUUCUUGCCGUACGGCAAAAGCUUCUGCAGCACGUUGGAUGAAUGGCGCUUUUUAAUCAGCACCUUAUCUUCAAUUUCACAGAACGCAUCCGAGGUCGAUAACAGCAUAGUCCACAACGAGGGUGCAGUUUUACAAAGUAUUCUCAACCACGUGUGCUCAACGCUCAGUCCAGAAGAGUUGCUCCAGGUUCUGCCCGACGACGGCGAUCUUGAAGUGUAUGUGUCGACGAUCGAGGUCAGCAUGCGUCUGGACCAGGUGCGAAAAAAGCAGAAGGAUAGCCAAUUUACAAGUGCGGUUGCUGGUUAA